AUGACGCAACUCAAGACGUUCGAGCUCCCGGUUGGGACUCAACUUGCCUACCUCGCCGAAGGUGGCGCAAAUAUUAUCUACCGGAUUGUGCCGCCAGCCGCCCAUCAGACAUUACCUGCGGAAUACAGAGGGAAGUUGUUGCGACUUCGCAAGGAUACACCGGCCGGUGUUUCGUACCAGGAGAUUGCCCGGAAUUUCGACAAGACGAUCCGUCCCCUUUUCAAACCGGAAGAGCUGGUGGACCAGGAACUGGUUUACUUACCCAAAGGCCUUACCCAGCAAUGCAAUGAGCAGCUGCGCGCUGCGGAGCUUACAGAAAAGCGACCAAAGCAACGUCGUGGCGUUUAUCUCUCCAUUACAGAGCCAUUUGGACUGCUGGUCACAGAUAUGACCUCCUUUGGGAAUCCCGGAACGGACCUAGCCGAGUUGAAGCCGAAAUGGCUUCUUCAGUCCCCAUCCGCUCCCAUGGGCGUACGAAGAUGUCGCACCUGCGCUUUGCGGGAUAUGAAAAACCAAGACGCUCGGCGAGUGGGUGCAGCGGAUACGCGAUCGUUCUGCCCUCUGGAUCUGGUAUCUGAGAAGUUUGAGCAUGUCUUGCGCGCGGCCAAAUUCGUCAAGGGUUACAAAGACCAUGCGCGACUUGCUAGAGUUCUGUACAGGAACCCCACGUUGCUGAAGCUUCAAGCACACCAGAGGAACAUGAAAGACGUUGGGAUCUACGGGCCCUCUCCUCUUUCCAAAGACAAAUCAUUGGCAAUGACGCUUCGGGAUUGCACAAUGUUUAUCAAGGUAGCCAUCCCUCAUGGAGCUUCUGAACUGGCCCAUGUAACCUUCGUCCUACAAUGGAGACAACCUGCAAUGGCGCCACGGUUCACUGAUGGUUUCUAG